AUGCUGGCCCGUCUCGCCACCACCCUGGCAAGCUUGCCGUCCGUUCCAACCACCUGGGCAAGCGUCCGCCAGGAAGCACACAACCACCAGCCGGACAGUUUUCGCCGUUCAUCGCUCGACCUCAUUCGUCCCCUGCUCAGCGACCGAGCCCCUCGCGAGCCAAUCACAGAGUAUCCACCCGUCACUCGAUCCAACUCAAUCAACCCGUUCGGGACUACGAGACCCCGCUCGAGCGCCCUGGGAGCACAGGAGCGCAGGAUCACAGGAGCGCAGGACCACAGGAGCGCAGGACCACAGGGGCAUACGGGCCCAAACACACAAGUCCAUUCGGCCUGGUUUCCUGGUCCGCAUGCCGAUGGAUUUGUGGGCCCAAUGGCAGCCGCCGGUGAUAUGCAGCCUGAUGGGGAUCCCGCGCCCCCCGUCCCAUCGGCCGUCCAAAAGAAACCUCUAGAAUGA